AUGUCUAUUGAACAACAAUUAGAUACCGAGAGAGUUAAACAGAUUACAGAAAAUAGAAACAAAAUUAAACCAAUAAUUGAAGCUAUUAUUUUAUGUGGGCGUCAGAACAUUUCUCUACGAGGGCAUCGUGAUGAUGGUCGUUUAGUUAUCACUAAAUCUGAUGACAAUGACUUAAAAAAUAAUGAAGGAAACUUUAGAGAAAUUCUUCGUUAUAGAGCUCAAGGAGAUUUAAAUUUGAAAAUGUGUUUAGAAAGUGAUGGUACAAUUAAAUAUACGAGUAAAACAAGUCAAAAUUCUAUUAUUGAAGCCUGUAAUUCAGUUUUACUCAAAAAUAUUGUAGCACGUGUAAAUUUUACAAAAUGUUUCUCAAUACUCGCUGACGAAACAGCUGAUAUAUCGGGCGUGGAACAAAUGUCUCUCUGUGUCAGAUUUGUUGAUUUAAAUAAACUUGUGCUUUGUGAAGAGUUUUUACAAUUUGUACCAGCACAUGAUACAACAGGUAAAGGUUUAGCAAAUUUAAUAUUAGAAACUCUUAAGCAAUUCGGUGUAGAGCUUAAAUUUCUUCGUGGACAAGGUUAUGACGGUGCUGCGUCUAUGUCGGGAAUCUAUAAUGGCGUUCAAUCUCACAUAAGACAAAUAUAUCCUUCUGCGAUGUAUGUUCAUUGCUCUGCACAUAUUUUAAACCUUGUUGUCACUAAAUCAUGUGGUGUGCGACCAAUCAUGAAUUGUUUAAGCUUGAUUGGCGAAAUUCGAGAUUUUUUCAUACAUCCCAAACGAAAAAAUGUUUUAUCAUACAAAAUUUUAGAUUCCUCUAAUGACACAACAAAAAAAAACACUAAAACGUAG